AUGUCUUCAUCUAGUGACAAAGAUCUGGCAGUUGUAUCUGGGGAGGAACGAUCACAAGGCUCUUUCACUCCUCCGGAGCAAGAGACACCACGGAAAGCCAACUCCUGGUGGAGGUUUAGUGGUCGCGACCGCAUCUUCGUCCCAAGUCGGCUCCAGGGGUCGAAGUCCACCUUCAAGGAUUUCCAAGGCGACAGAACGAUCGAUGACGACCACAAUGCCGACGGGAAUGUCUUCUCUGACCCUAGGGCUGUCGAUAUCUACAAGCCAAUUGAGAAGUACGGAGGCCGCCACAGGUUGGACCUCCAUGCAACUUGGUCAGACGAAGAAGAAAAGAAAUUGGUCCGCAGGCUUGAUUGGAAAAUCUGUCUACGGGCGUGUAUAAUGUUCUUCGCCUUGCAGCUUGACAGGGGCAACAUCAAUCAAGCCCUGUCGGACAAUAUGCUUGGGGACCUUGGUCUGACUACCGACGAUUACAACAACGGAAUGACAAUAUUCUACUGCUCCUUUCUUUUCGCAGAGCUUCCCUCGCAGCUUGUCAGUAACAAGAUUGGGCCGGAUAACUGGAUACCAUGCUCGUAUCGAGUGGCGUCGCAAGCUCGCAAAGCCAUCUUUCAGGUCGCACCACCUUCUUCUCGCCGUCAGACAAUGGAAAGCUUACAAGACUCUUUGCUCAGAGGCUUCAUUCCGGAUGUUCUACUCUACCUGAGCUAUUUCUACAAGAAUAGUGAACUUCCUGUUCGGCUUGCAUACUUCUGGACGUCCUUGAUCACUACCAACAUCAUCGCCUCCUUUCUUGCAUACGGAAUUCUACAUCUACGAGAGCAGAAUGGUCUGGCAGGAUGGCGUUGGCUGUUUGCUAUCGAAGGCGGUGUGACCGCUUUGAUAGGCUCUACCUCCCACCUUCCCCGACUCAGACGAAGAGGACUGGUCUCAAAAGUUUGCUGCGCGCGACAAGCUAUCAGCUUUUCCUUACCAUGGGAAAGUCUCUCGGACUAUGAUAUGGGGUGGGGAGGGAUCCGAAUAUUGGCGCUGUCAUCGCUUGUCGAUUGGCUACCGGAGAUGUGGAGGUGA